UCACAAAACACUCCACGCUACUUGUCGUUUUCUGCGCUCCUCAGAGUAACAGACCCCAUUAAUGUCAGCAACCAAUUUUUUUUUUAAAAAUUAUACGAGUAUGUCAGCAACCUCACUGUACCAUCUUCUUCUUCAUCCUCUUCUUCUUCAAUGUUCACUAGCAGUAAAUGCUCCUUUUUUAAUUUGUCUGACACUGCUUUUCAACUACCUCCCUCCCUCCCUCCCUCCCUCUGUGAUUCACUUCUUUUAAUCCACAUUCAAGUUCCACGUACUAUUUCUCACAGUGUUCAUCACAAAAGACUAGUAUAAACUCUUCUUUUGAAAAUACUUCUCCAAUGUUUGUUUAUAUAUACGUGCCUCUCAUUUCUUGAGUUGGGUUUUAGUCCCCAUUGUUUAGCUUCCCAUGUGGGUUUUCUGCCUUUUGUAGCUUUCCCUCAGGUCUUGGGUUCUUAAUGCUUUGGGGUUUGUAUAACUUCCAAGUUUGCGUUGAUUUCCUUCGUCUCAGAUAGUAAUUCUUUCUUAGGUUUGUCUUAAUUCUUGAAAAACGUCAGAUAUUAUUUUCCUCUCUCUCUCUCUCUCUCUCUCUCUCUCUCUCUCUCUCCAUUUUCUGAACUCAAUAGGGUAGCUAUCUUUCCUUGGGUUCUUUCAGCAUUGGGUGAAAUCCAUCAAUCUAAGGUCCUGAACUUGAAAUUUGUCCAAUGGGGUAUUCAAACUGGUUUCUUGUAGUAUUUCUUUCAUGGGUUUUCUCUGUUUCAAGAACCCAUCAGUUACAAUCCUCUCAAACUGGAAUUCUUCUCCAGAUAAGGAAGCAUUUGGAGUACCCUUUGGUUUUGGAAAACUGGAACAACUACAAUGGAGAUUUCUGUAAUUUGGCUCCAACCCAACAUAUGAGCAUCACAUGCCAGAACAAUUCUGUCACUGAACUCAAAAUUAUGGGAGAUAAGCUUUCCAAGGUUAGUAGUGAAUUCAACGGAUUUGCCAUUCAAAAUCAGACAUUAUCUGAGAGUUUCUCUUUUGAUUCAUUUGUGGUUACACUAGCAAGGUUGAGUACUUUAAGGGUUCUUAGUUUAGUCUCUUUGGGUAUCUGGGGCCCACUUCCUGAUAAAAUUCACAGGUUGUCUUCACUUGAACUUUUAGACAUGAGUUCAAAUUUCAUGUUUGGUGCUGUUCCACAACAGUUAUCUAGACUGGUGAAUCUUCAAAGUUUGACAUUGGAUAGCAAUUUCUUUAAUGAUACUCCCCCUAACUGGCUGGAUUCAUUGUCAAAACUACAAGUUUUGAGCUUGAGGAACAAUAGGUUGAAGGGUCAAUUUCCUUCUUCCAUAUGCAGAAUUACGACUCUCACAGAUAUUGCUUUCUCCCACAAUGAGCUUUUUGGAAGACUGCCUGACUUGAGUACCUUAACUAGGCUGCAUUUAUUGGAUUUAAGAGACAACCAUUUGGAUUAUGAACUACCUCCCAUGCCCAAAGGAUUGUCUACAGUCCUUCUGAACAAUAACUCAUUCACCGGUGAGAUUCUUGAUCAAUUUGGCAAACUAAAUCAGCUUCAACAUCUUGACCUGUCAUUCAAUCUCUUGCGUGGAACACUGCCUUCUGCUUUGUUUUCUCUGCCCAACAUUAGUUACCUGAAUUUAGCAUCAAAUAUGCUGACUGGGGAGCUUCCCAAUCAUCUGAAUUGUGGGGGUAAGCUUGGGUUCGUCGAUAUUUCUACAAACAGAUUGACUGGUUUGCUUCCUUAUUGCUUGGGCACUACUUCUAAUAGAGUUGUUAAAUUUGGUGGGAAUUGCUUGUCCAUUGAUAUUCAACAUCAACAUCCACAAUCAUACUGCAAAGCUGCCUAUAAGGAGAGGAAAAGUCCCAUGGGGAAAGAAAUAUGGUUAUUAAUCGCUGUAAUUGGAGGAGCAUUUGUUAUGGCACUUUUGUUUCUAGGGAUUGUCAUUUUGUGCAGAAGAUAUCGUACACGGAGGACAUCGGAGCGGCCUACAUAUCCAAAGGUUGUGCAAGAAACUGCACCCGCAGGGAUCUCCUCUGAGCUCCUUGCAAACGCCAGGUUAAUUUCUCAAGCGGCGAAAAUAGGAACACAGGGUGCUCCGGUACACAAAGUGUUUGCAUUGGAAGACUUAGAAGAAGCCACAGACAAUUUCAAUAAGUCAAUGUUUUUGGGAGGAGGUUCUCUGGGUGAGAUGUAUAGAGGAAGACUGGAGAACGGCACUUAUGUUGCCAUUCGAUCUUUGGCUCUCCGUAGAAAGUAUUCGGUUCGGAACCUUAACCUGCGGUUGGAUUUGCUUUCAAAGCUCCGACACCCACAUCUUGUUGGUCUUUUAGGUCAUUGUAUAGACGCUGGUGGACAGGAUGAUUCUACUGUUGACAGACUCUUCCUCAUUUAUGAAUACGUAUCCAACGGAAAUUUUCGUACUCAUCUCUCAGAAAGUAGCCCAGAGAUGGUUCUUACAUGGUCAGAUAGAUUGGCAGUUUUGAUUGGCGUUGCAAAGGCAGUGCACUUCCUGCAUACCGGUGCAAUGCCUACUUCUUUCAGUAACAGAUUAAAGACAAACAAUAUAUUGCUCGAUGAGCAUCGGAUAGCAAAGCUGAGUGAUUAUGGAAUGUCCAUCAUUACUGAAGGCUUUGAGUCACUCGAGGGAAAGGGAGACGGUCAAAAAUCCUGGCAUAUGACAAGGUUAGAGGACGAUGUCUACAAAUUCGGGUUCAUACUACUCGAAUCAUUAGUGGGGCCAAUUGUUAGUGGAAAAGGAGAAGCGUUCUUGCUAAAUGAAAUGUCAUCCUUUGGUAGCCAAGAUGGUCGUCGACGUAUUGUGGAUCCGAUUGUGUUAACUACCUCCACACAGGAGUCUUUAUCAAUUGUGAUAUCCAUCACCAACAAAUGCAUCUCUCCUCAAUCAUCGGCCCGCCCCUCUUUUGAGGACGUCCUUUGGAACUUGCAGUAUGCAGCUCAAGUCCAGGCCAGUGCAGACUCUGAUCAGAAAUCAGAUGCCGCGUCAUCACAUUCGUGACUUCAUACGAACACCGCUGCAUUCAUUCAUUUUUUUAAUCUUCGGACUUCGUAUUACUUGGUUAAAGUUGUAAAUGUGUGACCUUAAACAUAGGUGAGUUUAUAGAUUAGGAACUCUCUUGACACAUUUCAGUUCCAAGAAGAAAUUUGCUGCAACCAGUAUGCCCCUAUUAUUUGAUCAGUUUGAGGUGAGGCAAUGCUCAGAUCGCCACGAAUUCACAUGCUUUUGGAAUUAGGAGUUGCCUAUGCUUAUUUGUAGAGUUCUUUAUGUAAAAUAAGUAGUUGUUUUUUGGAAUGGGUGGGUUGGUUUUUAUUCUAUGUAACUAAAUAUUGCGUGUGACUGUAGUUUUAGCCCUGUGAAUGUUGAUAUACGUAUGUGAUACGACAGGUGAUUGGUUCGAUGGGUAAAUAAUUAGACUUUCUUGUUUAAUGCU